AUGGCAAACAAAGGUGAAAUUAUUGAAGAAGGUGGCUUUUCCUAUUAUGCUGAAAAAAUCAACGGAAAUACUAAAUAUGUUUGUUGUAAAAAAAGAAAAUCCAAAAAGUGUCCUGUGCGGAGUACAAAAACUCUGGAUGAACCCAUCCAAUUCACAGUUAGCUCGCACCGACAUGCAUUGGAUUUUUAUAACGAUGAUGUGAGACGUUUUCGGCGUGAAUUAAUAGCUGCUGCUGAGAAGAACUUGUAUCCCACUAAUGAAAUUUAUGCAACAGUUUCUAAAUCGCAUCUCGAAGAUGUUAGAAUUCAAUUGCCAUAUGCGGUUAUUAGUACGGUGAUGCGUCAACAUCAAAAGGAAGCUGUGGACGAGUUACCAGAGUUACCAACUUACAAGGAUUUUGCAGAGUUUUUCGAACGUAAUGAAAAUUUAUGUUUCAUGCGAUAUGCUGAUAAAAAAUACGUUAUAGUGUCAAAUCUCGAGAAUGAUGCAUUACUCAUCGGCGACCCGGAGUUUAGCAAGUCGGGUCAGUGUGAUACUAUACAUAUCAGCUCAACAGCGAACAUUCUCCCUGAUUUUAAUGGCACUCGUCUCCUGACUUUUAUACUAGGACAAGAUGGACAUUAUGCCUUUCCUGUUGGUAUCAUUCUAUGGACUAAGGUGGCCCGUGAUGCAUGUACGGAAAUUUUGAAUCAGGUGAAAGAACGUCUAUUUCCAAACGUAAAUAUCACUAAAAUUUACGUAGAUUUCGAUUUAAAACUUUUUGUGGAGGAAGUUUUCCCAGAAAGUGACGUCCGUGGCACGUUCAAUAAUUAUUGCCAUAUAUUAUUUCACGAGGCCCUAAGCAAUAAUGAUUUACGGCUUAGGAUUCCUGAACAUGAAGAAUUCUUAAAGAAAUGUUUUUCUUUAAUUCUCUUACCUUCAAAUAAGAUUAAGGAAGGUUUUGAAGAAAUCAGCAACAGUUUAUCAGUGGAAACAAAAGCUCAGCUGACAAAUUUUAUUAAUUACUUUAAUAGAGUAUGGAUAGAAGGAGUAACUCCGACAUCGAUGAGCUUAUAUGAAAAGAAGCCAAUGAUAAGUUUAUGGCGAUCACUCACUAAGUCUAAAAUAACAUUGCCACAAUUUUUAAGUAAAGUAGCAAUUUAUUACACUGAUCAUUACUGGGAUUUGCUCCACAGUGCUGAAUUUUUGAUUGAGGAGCAGUUGGAUUUAUAUCCUCCUUUGGAAAAUGAAGGUGAAAUUAUUGAAGAAGGUGGCUUUUCCUAUUAUGCUGAAAAAAUCAACGGAAAUACUAAAUAUGUUUGUUGUAAAAAAAGAAAAUCCAAAAAGUGUCCUGUGCGGAGUACAAAAACUCUGGAUGAACCCAUCCAAUUCACAGUUAGCUCGCACCGACAUGCAUUGGAUUUUUAUAACGAUGAUGUGAGACGUUUUCGGCGUGAAUUAAUAGCUGCUGCUGAGAAGAACUUGUAUCCCACUAAUGAAAUUUAUGCAACAGUUUCUAAAUCGCAUCUCGAAGAUGUUAGAAUUCAAUUGCCAUAUGCGGUUAUUAGUACGGUGAUGCGUCAACAUCAAAAGGAAGCUGUGGACGAGUUACCAGAGUUACCAACUUACAAGGAUUUUGCAGAGUUUUUCGAACGUAAUGAAAAUUUAUGUUUCAUGCGAUAUGCUGAUAAAAAAUACGUUAUAGUGUCAAAUCUCGAGAAUGAUGCAUUACUCAUCGGCGACCCGGAGUUUAGCAAGUCGGGUCAGUGUGAUACUAUACAUAUCAGCUCAACAGCGAACAUUCUCCCUGAUUUUAAUGGCACUCGUCUCCUGACUUUUAUACUAGGACAAGAUGGACAUUAUGCCUUUCCUGUUGGUAUCAUUCUAUGGACUAAGGUGGCCCGUGAUGCAUGUACGGAAAUUUUGAAUCAGGUGAAAGAACGUCUAUUUCCAAACGUAAAUAUCACUAAAAUUUACGUAGAUUUCGAUUUAAAACUUUUUGUGGAGGAAGUUUUCCCAGAAAGUGACGUCCGUGGCACGUUCAAUAAUUAUUGCCAUAUAUUAUUUCACGAGGCCCUAAGCAAUAAUGAUUUACGGCUUAGGAUUCCUGAACAUGAAGAAUUCUUAAAGAAAUGUUUUUCUUUAAUUCUCUUACCUUCAAAUAAGAUUAAGGAAGGUUUUGAAGAAAUCAGCAACAGUUUAUCAGUGGAAACAAAAGCUCAGCUGACAAAUUUUAUUAAUUACUUUAAUAGAGUAUGGAUAGAAGGAGUAACUCCGACAUCGAUGAGCUUAUAUGAAAAGAAGCCAAUGAUAAGUUUAUGGCGAUCACUCACUAAGUCUAAAAUAACAUUGCCACAAUUUUUAAGUAAAGUAGCAAUUUAUUACACUGAUCAUUACUGGGAUUUGCUCCACAGUGCUGAAUUUUUGAUUGAGGAGCAGUUGGAUUUAUAUCCUCCUUUGGAAAAUGAAGGUGUUGAAGAAGCAAUUGAUAAUGACCUAGAGGAAGUAUAUGAAAAUAUCCAGUAUGCUAAUUAUGAAAUGGAAGAAGACUUUAUUCGCGGAAAUGACAAUGAAGGGAAUGACGAAGAUGAAUUUAUUAUUCUGGAAAUCCCUUCAACAAACUGCGAAAUUUGUAUCACUGGACCAAGACAGAUGAUAAAUACUAAAAAUUUACCUACAAGUAAGUCUGAGAGGGUAUCAUGGGAUUACGAAGUUCCCUGA